AUGUCUUCUCCUUCUAAGCAUUUCAUCUACUUCUUCCCUGAUACGCCGUCGCACUUCCAUGAUCAUCUUGACCUUCAAGUAGGUGUUGGCUUGUGUCAUAGCUCCUUCUCCUUCUUAGCAUCUGUCGUCGUCAUUUCUCCUCCGACAUCCUCAGCUCCUCCGAUUUCAGAGCUCCUCUGUGAAGAUUCUCAAAACGGAAUAUUACCAUCUAAUCUGGUUAUUAAGAAUGAUUUCCAAGGAUUUAGAGAGAAGAAUUAUGGAAAUAGAGAUGGAAAUAACACAUUAAAUCUAGCCAGAAACCAAGGUUUUCUUAGUGACCACUUGAAGUCAUCUUCUAAGACAAGAUAUAUUACUUACUCAAAAGAAGAUGAAAUAGUAAUAUGUAUGCAAUCGGUUAUGGUUAUGUCUUCGAUGGUUCGAGAAUUGAAAGUAGCAGAAGGAAAGUUCACUCUUAUCUUUUUAGAAACUCCUAGCCUCAACAGAUGACUAGAAAGUCAUCAAGAAAAUCUAGAAAGAAUGGGAGGGGUAUGAAUGCCCAACUGAAGGAGCUAUUGUUCAGGGUCGGUUGCCUUAUUUGAUUUGAUUCUUUUCUUGACUCUUUAAAUUGUUUAUAAUAUGAUUCCUGAAAUUACUUCUUAUUGUAAUAAUGGGUAGUGAAGUUGAUUGGUAAGCUAUACGAUCACACAAUAUUCAUGAAGAAAGGUCAUGAAGGUUUAUAAAUAUAAGUACAUUGCUACUAUGGGAAAAGACUUUGAAAAUAUGUUAUGAGUAAAAAAUAUAAGUACAUUGCUAUUAUGUGUAAAAGAUGAAGUAUGUUGCCUAU